GAGAUCCGAUCCUUCUAUGACUUAUCAGCAAAUUUAUUCACUAACUUAGCGAUCUGCUCCUUCAUCCCUUCGUCUGAUAAGUGUGAUCACCGACGAUGAGCAAGCUAAACGCAGGAGCUUUUGAAUUCGUGCCCGGUCGCCCAUUCAGCAUUACUCAACAGAAUGUAGGCCAGAAUUCUCCUCAACCCCCUGCUCCAAUCGAGCGUCCCCCUCAAACAGAGGCACCCGCUCCACCACCAACAAUCACUCUCAAUAUCGGUGCACCGAAGCCCCCCGCCAGUGCUCCGGCUCCUCCCCCAGCUCCCGCUUCUUCCGUUUCUAUUCCCUCGACCACUGCUGCAGUUGUUGCCGCCCCUGCACACUCGGUCUCGGCCUCAGGAAAUUCAUCCCCCGCUCCUCCACCUUCAAACAAAGUCUUCACAACCGCAAAAUCGAAAACCGAUACCACUUCCAUCGCUCGCGAAGUCCAAGCUGUUGCCGACCAGGAGAUACUCAAGGAUCUGUAUGGUGACAUCAAGGAACAUCUCAAUAUAGUCUUUGUGGGACACGUGGAUGCCGGAAAAAGUACCCUAGGAGGAAACCUCCUUUAUAUCACUGGUGUCGUGGAUAAACGGACCAUGGAAAAGUAUGAACGCGAAGCCAAGGAUGCUGGAAGAGAAACUUGGUACCUCAGUUGGGCCCUUGACUCCACCCCACAGGAGCGCAGCAAGGGUAAGACCGUCGAGGUUGGUCGCGCUUACUUCGAAACUAGCAGCCGCCGCUACACCGUCCUUGACGCUCCCGGUCACAAAACUUAUGUUCCAUCCAUGAUAUCUGGUGCUGCUCAAGCAGACGUCGCGCUCCUUGUCAUUUCGGCACGCAGGGGCGAAUUUGAGACAGGAUUCGAGAAAGGCGGCCAAACACGGGAGCACGUUAUGCUGGUCAAGACGGUUGGGGUAUCCAAGAUUAUCGCAGUUAUCAACAAAAUGGACGAUCCGACCGUAGAGUGGGAUCAAGCACGUUUCAACGAAAUCAAGGAAAAGAUUUCCCCGUUCAUCAGGGCCGCUGGCUUUAACCUAAAGACAGACGUUACAUUCAUACCUGUUUCUGCCUUCACUGGCUUAAACCUGAAGGAUCGCGUCCCAAAGUCUACGUGCCCCUGGUGGAGUGGCCCUUCUCUUUUGGAACACUUGGACCAUAUGCCGAUGGUCGACCGCAAAAUGAACGGACCCCUCAUGAUGCCGGUAUCAGAAAAGUACAAGGAUAUGGGUACAAUUGUAGUUGGCAAGAUCGAGUCUGGACAUAUGCGUAAAGGGGAUAACCUCCUACUCAUGCCCAACAGGGACUCCGUCGAGGUCUCUGCCAUCUACAACGAACUUGAGGCGGAGAUCCCUUCUGCAAUAUGUGGAGAUAAUGUUCGGGUCCGUUUGCGUGGCGUGGAAGACGAGGACAUUAGCCCAGGUUUUGUACUGACCAGCCCGAAGAAUCCUGUGCAUGCUGUGCGGCAGUUCGAAGCCCAACUAGCCAUUUUAGAACACAAAAAUAUCAUCUGCGCCGGAUACUCUGCCGUUAUGCACGUCCAUACGCUAGGAGAAGAGGUCACACUCUCCGCCCUUCUCCAUUACUUUGACAAAGCAACUGGGCGCAAAUCAAGGAAACCACCCCAGUUUGCGAAGAAAGGACAAAAAAUCGUUGCGCUUAUCGAGACUGCGCUCCCCGUGUGUGUGGAAAGAUUUGUUGAUCAUCCUCAACUAGGACGGUUUACCUUGCGGGAUGAAGGGCGAACAGUUGCGAUAGGAAAAAUCACAAAGCUAGUUGACGAUCGCAUCGACGACAUCACGGAAGGCGUCUCCAAUGUUAUGGUCGCGCCAUCCGACCCUUCAGUUUGAAGCAGAUUUACGGAUGGUUAACAUACAGAUAGCUCAAUAGUACGUCAAAUACGCCCUGUAAGAACAGCGACCAUUUAUGUUAGAUGUGACUACGACCAUGGUCCACCGAAUGAGUCACAAGUAAGACUCUGUACGUGUCGAGCACAACAUCCAGUACACUCUUGAAUGAUCUGAAGCACCAGCUCUACAUAGUACGUUAAUGUAGUUCUCGAAGUCCAGAUCAACUAGCAAGCA